AUGGAUGAGCACAGGAAGUUUCUGGCAGAUAAGCUACUUAGCGAGGGUCGACCGAUAUCUUAUCGGGCCCUAAGCUCAUCGCUGGAUGUCCAUGUCAACAGAGCUAAAGGCAUGCUCUUCGACUUCCACCGGUAUCAGAAUGAACUGCUCCCAGACUCGAUCUACGCCACAUACCUGGUUUCUGGGUUUGUUGCCGCCACAAAUAAGAUACCAGAUGCUGCUCAAAUAACCAGCUCGUCUGACCUGCCGGAAAGCUUAACACAAGUAGCGAGCAACAGGAAGCUGACGCUUGUUGGGGAAGAAAAUCUGCGAGGAAUUCAUACAAGCGUAACAUCAAUCCAUGUGUAUGGUUUGUCACCAAAUACGAUGAAGGAUUUUUGGCUCUACGAAGAUGCGGUAAACACAAAUGAUAUCAUGAUAGUUGACCGCAAGCAAGCUGGACUACACGACAAGCAUGGGGCAGUCCGCAAUCCGCAUAUGCGUUUGCGAGAUCGGAAAUCACAGCCGAACUCAUCCCCUUCUGGUCAUGUGCAAUCCGUAAAGCAAGAAAGUGAACCGACCAGCCAUAACAGGCAAACAACAAGAGAGCCACCGCGGCAGGGAAAACAACAACCUGUUCCAAAGAAGAAGGAGUUGGCCAGCACUUCAAAUCGACCGGCCCCAAAGACAAUUUUACAAUCGUUUGCAAAGACACCCAUCAAUGCUCCUCAAAAAUCUACGAAGCAGAUUAAGCGAACUGACGAACCCACCGCCGCACUUUCCGAUGAUGGAGAGCCUGAUGACACCGACAUCCUACCUUCCAAAUCCAGCUCAGCGUUGCAUUCCAAGGCAAACUCACGCAAGGAUAGAGAAGACGCCUUAAGGCGCAUGAUGGAAGAGGAGGAGGAGGAGGAGGAGGAGGAGCAUGAUGAUGAUGAUGAUGGUGAGGGAAACAAGCGUGAAGUGAUUGGGUUCGCGCCGAACAUUGAAGCGGGUGAAAACCCGGAGUCCGAGUCCUUACCAGAUGCAGAGCCCGAAUCAGGGAUAUCCUUGACAGCACAGGCCGAUAAGGAGCCUUCAGAGACAAUUUCCAGUUCGGGGGACGGCCGGAGAAGAGGCAAGCGCCGAGUGCUGAAGAAGAAACGAAUAUUGGAUGAUCAAGGAUACAUGGUCACGAUUCAAGAACCGGGGUGGGAGUCCUUUUCUGAGGAUGAGUUCACUCCGCCAGUGAAAAGGCCCACGCCGCCGCCAAUGCAGCCAUCAUCGUCCGCGAAGGCAAAGAAAACAUCAACAAAAGGCUCCCAAGGCAGUAUCAUGUCAUUUUUUGCAAAGAAAUAG